GACCUAGCCACUCGUCUCUGUCCAAAACCCAAAACCCUCACACUCACAUUUCUACCUGCACGAAGAGCAAUGAGCAAGGUGGGCUCCUCGCUGUACUCUCGCCUCCAUGGAAUCUUCAAAACCCAGAACCCAAACCAAAUCUCCACCGUCAAGACCACCGCAAAACCCAGAACCCAAACCAAAUCCAAAAAGUUCGUCAAUAAAUCAAAGAAACCCACAGCUUCUUCCGCCUCCGUCGCCGGAGGAGACGCAGUGACGUCCUCGAACGACUCAAAGCCAACGAAAGAUUCAAACUUGACGAAGAAAGUAGAGAAAUUCAAAAGAUCCUGCGAGUCCCAGAGCUUCCGCCAAGUCCACGGACUCUACAGCGCCUUCAUCCGCCGUCUCAGGGAGGCGAACAAGUUCUCGAUCAUCGACGAGGUCCUCCAGCACCAGAAGAAGUACGACGACAUAAAGUCCGAAGAUUUCGUCAUCCGCAUGAUGCUUCUCUACGGAUACUCAGGAAUGGCUGAUCACGCCCACAAGCUGUUCGACGAAAUGCCUGAGCUAAACUGCGAAAGGACCAACAAGUCUUUCAACGCGCUUUUAUCGGCUUAUGUUAAUUCUAGGAAGGUCGAUGAGGCUAUGAAGGUGUUCAAGGAGUUGCCGGAGAAGCUAGGUAUCACUCCUGAUCUCGUUACUUAUAAUACAAUGAUCAAGGCGGUUUGUCGUAAAGGCUCGAUGGAGGAUAUAUUGUCGAUCUUGGAGGAGGUUGAGAGGAACGGGCUUGAGCCUGAUAUGAUCACUUUCAAUACGUUGUUGGAGGAGUUUUAUAGGAGGGAUUUGUUUGCUGAGGGAGAUAGGAUUUGGGAUUUGAUGAAGUCGAAGGACCUUGUUCCCAACAUUAGGAGUUAUAACUCGAGAGUGAGAGGUUUGACGAGGAACAAGAAGUUUGCAGAUGCGGUUGAACUCACUGGUGUUAUGAGAGCCGAAGGGAUCUCUCCUGAUGUUCAUACGUACAAUGCUUUCAUCACGGGUUACCGCGGCGAUAAUAAUAUCGAGGAGGCUUUGAAAUGGUACGAUGAGAUGAAGGAGAACGGUUUGGUUCCUGAUACUGUGACUUACUGUUUGUUGAUCCCUCUCGUUUGUAAGAAAGGGGAUCUUGAUCGAGCGGUUGAGAUGUCGGAAGAAGCUAUUAGGCACAAGGUUCUGUCUCGCCCCAACAUGUACAAACCGGUGAUCGAUGGUUUGGUGGGUGAAGGAAAGAUUGAUAAAGCGAUGCAGUUAGUGAAGGAUGGUAAGUUACAGAGUUACUUUCGUUACUUACCAGGCUUGUCCACUGGUAAGAAGGAUACCGCUACGGUUCCUGUCUCUUCAAGUCCGGUCGAAGCUAGCGUGGGGGACGAGUAAGAAAUGUUGAUCAGUGUUUAGGAACUGCUUUAACGAAUGCGUUAUAAUGGUGGCUUCCUAUCUUGUUAUCAGUCGUUUAGAUUUGUUAACCAGUUGACUCCACUUGCAAGGAAACAUGGUUAUAUUGGUGUGUCUUGUGUUUUUUUUUAAAUUCAAUUCAUAAUUUUGAAAUUUCGCUUUCUUUUAUAGUUUCUCAUGUUAAGGAAUAAAGUUUUAAAUUUUCAUA